CGCUCCAUGUGACCUGAUGGCCUUCAAACAUUCACAUGUGGCUCAAAGAUGCUUAUUGCUCCUGACAGGUGAUAGGGUUUUGUGGGAUGAGGUGAUCCGAGCAGGUUCUGCCGGCUGACGCGGGUGUAGUUGUAGUUGACUGAUUUUAAGGUGUGUGUGAGUGUGUGCAUGUGUGUGUGUGUGUGCAUGUGUGGGAGCGGCCCGGGACUACAGAAGAGUUUUCCAAAAUACUCCGUGGAGACGCUUUGAUGUGGGCGACCGGAGGCUCGACGGUUGGUCAAAUCCACCUUGUGUUCGUAUUGGCUGUGUCCGUGGUCGCCCCCGUGGUUUCAUCCCACAGCUCGGCCAGCGAGAGGAGUUCCAUAGAGAGCACGUACGAGCUUACCAAAUAUCUGGAGUACCAGCUCAAGGAAAUCAAAGAUGUCUAUUUGACAUACCUCGGCCCCCCAUUCAACGAUAAAGACUUUUCACCGCCGCGGCCGAACAGCACGGCUCUCUCCCUGCCCAGCGCCGCCACCCGCCUGGAGCUGUGGCACGACCUGGAGAACCAAGCUCGUCUGGCCCAGAACCAGAGGGCCUACUCCGUCCUGUUGGCGGCUGUGAGGGAGCUGGCGAGCUCCACCCUCUGCCCCUCCCUCAAGACCUCCCUGCUGCACUUCUGCACAGGCCUGGACGGCCUUUUGGGUUCCAUAUCGGCAUUGAUGACCACCCUGGGCUACGCCCUUCCUGAAAAGAAACCAGGUGAGCUUCAGAGGCGGGCGGGGGGAGAACGCCCGGCGCCGCUGAUCAGAGGCAGCUCGUACAGGUCCAGAACCAGGAAGAGGACAGAUAGAUGGAGCCGAGGGGAGAGGGAGGGUGGCCUCAACGUGGAUGUGAAGCGAGGGAAAGCGAGGAGGCGAUUGAAGGCGGCUGCAGCUGGAGGAAGGAGCGGUGGAUUGAGGGAGAAGGCGAGAGGAGAGAGGGGGCGAGGGAGGCGGGAAGAGCCGGACACCUGGAAGUGGGAAUGGAGCCCGGAAGAGGAGGAGCUAGUGGUAAGGACGAGGAGAUGGGGGAGGAGCUUGUUGAGCGUUGGUGAGGACGAAGAGGAGGAAGCGAGCAUCCCAGUUAGCGAGGGAUAUAGCUACAACCUCAAAUUCCUUCACACGGACGCCCUCAGGAAGGAGGAAGGCGGCAUCGCGGACGGCGGGAGGAGCUUCUUCGUGGACUUCUCUUCAUCGCAUCUUCAACGUCGGCCUCCUCGUUCCCUCUUUAGCCCCACGCUGCACCCGCCUCCAUCCACUCUCUCCCUUCUCUACCAGCUCGGGCCAGGCGAGGACCACGGCCUCCUCCCCACACCCCCCACGCUGUCUUUACAAGCCGGACCCUCGCUCAUCUCCUCCCCCUCAUCGUCUUCCGUGAUCCUGUCCGUGCGGCCGGCCAUGAACGACUUCGCCAGGAAGGUGGAAGGCUUUUGGAUAUUGCGCGAGCUGCAGAGCUGGCUGUGGCGUUCGGCGAAGGACUUUAACCGCCUGAAGAGGAGAGCGAGAGGCUGAGAAGAUGCAACACAACACAACAAACACGCAAUGUACAGUGUGAACCUUGACAGUAUUUGCACUAGGGAUGGGCAUUUGACUAUAUUUCCUCAACCGACCACGAAGGAAAUUAACAAUCAAUGAAUCGUUAUUUUCAACAUUUAUUUUUAA